ACAGACAUUUAUUAUUAAUAUUAUCAUUUUUGUAUAAUAAUUUUAAUUAUUAAAAUAAAUAUAUUCACUCAUAUUUCAAGAUAUGAAUGAAACUAAUAAUCUAGAAAAUGAUCCUCACUACACUCAGGAGGAGGAAGAUGACGAAGAAGAGACUCAAUCAUCUUCAUCUAGCAGCUCAGUCUAUCAUUGUCAAGAGGCAACUAUGCCAAAAAAGUCCUCUAAUGGUUCAAUUCAAAUCCCAGGUGACCUUGGCCAGAAUAAACCAAAUCAAAUUAAACAAUUACGCGAAAAAAGAUAUCCAUGGGCAAAGAUCAUUUCAAAAAUCAUGGUAUAGAGGCCGAGACUGGUUGGAGUAUAGUGUAGAAGCUGGCGCUGCCUUUUGUUUUCCAUGUAGGAAAUACUUGUGUAAUCCAAGUGAUGAAUUUGGACAAACGGGAUUCAGAAAUUGGAAAAAUGCGUUAGCUGCCAAGAAGGGACUGCUAAAACACGAGAGCUCAAAAGCUCAUUUAAAUUCAAUUACAAUAUGGCAUGAUAAAAAUCAUAAUAUAAACAAAGGUACAGAAAUAACUAAAAUCAUACAAGAGCUACCUUUCCGUGGGACUGGUUCAACAAAUAUUACGGAUGCUGCAAAAGAUGAAAGCAUAAUUUAUUCUUCUGGGCUAUUUAUAGCAAUGUUUUCCUACACCAUCCAAAAAGACCCUGAAUUAAAUAAAAUUAUGAAAUUGAUACCCCAAAACGCCCAGUAUACAUCACCACAGAUUCAAAACGAAACGCCUCCCAAAGAGGCUAUAAUUGGUAUGGGAUUGACAUUUAAUCUUUUCGGAUUUCAAUUGUAA